UCAGCCGUCGCUACGUCGUGUUGUGUCGUCGUCUUUGUGUUCACCACUUCAGAUAUAAAUUCACAACUUAUGCCAUCGUGAAUAUUAGAAAUGUCUCAGCUGUCGUAAAUAAGAUUUGUUAUUUACUUUUCAACUAUUAUCAAAAAUAUAUUAAUUUAAGUUAUUAAGUGUAACUGUGGGAAAAAUGCCUGAAUUCCAAAGUUGGAAGUUUCCUCACAUUCCUGCAGAUUUGGCCGAACAACUGUUCCAAAAUGAUGAAAAAUUGGUUGUGGUCGGCGUUAUAGGAAAGUCGGCAUUUUCGGAUUGCAAUAAAAUGAUAUCGGUGGGUAUUUUGGACAGUGAUCCCAGCAUGUUGGAACAUGAACCCCAAGAGGGCAACAUUCAAUUCUAUUAUAAUCGGAAGAAGUCAGUGCUCUUUUUGCACUUUGAAACAACAUUUGAUGCGGCGUGUAUGCAGAGAAUGCUCGAAGAUGAAUUAACUCAUAAUACUUAUGGACAUUUCUUAUUGUUCAAUCAGCGUGUGCGUAAUCGCUUUGCCCGUAUGCUUCUUUUUGCAACACAAGUCUGUCACUUAAUAGUCUUCGUUGAAUUAAGUGUAACUUUCGAUGCAUCUCUACUAAUGAUUUUUAGAGCUUUAAAAAUAAUAAGGGACAAAUAUGUGCUAAAAUUCUUACCAAAACUUGUAAAAAACUCGAGCACAGGUACAUUUUUGGGCAAAUCUGCGCGCCUGUGUACACCACGCAUCUUAUUUAUCUUCGAAAACUAUCCGGAUGGUUAUGAAAAAACAAUUGAAUGUAUUUCAAAACUGGAGUUUGAAGUGGAGGAUAGUAUUUACAAAAUGCUCCGUAAUGAAUUUAUCAUAACUAACAACAGCGCGAUGUCACUUUUCUCUAUCCCGAGCAAUAAGCGGUUUGUCUAUUAUAACACAGAUUCGGCAAUGCGCAGAGAUCCCUUGCUAAAGUCAAUAUCGCUCUUGCAAACAUUUUUACAAAAAUCUAAUUUUAAAGAGGAUGACGAAGAUGAUCUUGAAGAUUUGAAACCAUUCAGAUGUUUUGGAAAACCAUUAAUACAAUGUAAUACGGAAUACAAGCAACAAUCGGCCGCCGAAAUCUUGCGUCGCAAGCGUAAUUUUAUGGAUUUGCUGAUGGAUCACGUCAAUGAAGCACUUGAAAUGGGCUUCGAUGACAGCUCAACUAAAUUUAAGGGCAAGAAUCACUUUGUAAUACUUCCAUCUAAAGCGUGGUACGAUACAUUUAAAAUGCUGCAUAAAAUUUUCAUCGAAAAUCCAGAUAAUCCGAAUUUUGAGGCCAACGAUUUAGAUUAUAAAUCAUAUUUGGAAAAUUUCGAUAAAUUAAUGGACAUAGAUGAUGAGUUCUUUAAUGCUUGUUGUGAUAUCGGAUUACAAAAGGCGUUUGCUAUGUAUAAUAACCCCACAUUGACACACUACAGCAACACAGUACACAAAAAAUUGGUUGAGGAAGCUGUUACUCUAUAUAUGAAAUAUGCUCGAGGCACGCGAACUGUUGUGAACGAAAAUAAGCUUCGGGAAAUGUGCGAGCGAUGUUGGCGAAAUGGUAAACAACAAUGUGAAGUGCCCAGUUUGCGCGGUAAUCCCUGUAUACUGCCCAAACACAUCGUUAAGGAACUCUCAGAGCAUAGUAGUGCGCAUGUAUUCAUCUCAACUUGUAAUUGCGGUCGAACUCAAGGCAGGCGUGAAGAUCCGUAUACCAUAAGACAUGCAAAUUAUGAAUUCUAUGAAUAUAUGGCAAAUAAUUGUAAUCUUUGUGCUAAAGUGAAAAAGGUGCAUUUUCCUGUUUUUGAACCUUCUAUUAAUGAUUACAGGGCGGCAGAAUUCGAAAUUGGUUUCCCCAAACUAUCGAUACAAGAUUCAAUAGAUUUAGCUCAGCAUCAUGAUUUACAUUCUCCCAAAUCCGUUGCCUCAGAUGAGUGCUCUCAGCCACUUACUGCCUCACAGGGCACACAUACCAAUCUUAGUUUAGUUUCAACUGAUGAACUGAAUAAAAUUGGUGUCGAUGCUGAUAUGCCAAGCUCAGAUGAUUCGCUAAAUGAAUUGGUAAUACAAGUGAAGGAUAAAAAUGCACAAAAAGCGGAAGAAAAAGAACGUAGUAUUUUCAGGCAACCAUCCACAACAGAAUAUUUGCCUGGUAUGGUCCAUACUGAGUCUCCCCCAGGUUUACUUCCGCGUUUUCCUAGCUGGUCUUUAGUUUGUGUUGGUCCAAGUUCGGUUUAUAGUCAUAACACCGGAUUACUGGAGCACUUUCAAAGUGGAUUUCUUUCGGGCGCCAAUUUUUUGCUUCCAUGGGAUGUGCAUGUGCGUCUCGAGCAUUCUGCAUCUUGGGCAUACGAAAAAAGCCGGAUUCGAAAAAUGGGUGAAGUUCACAUUUUGAAGAUAUUUGUUGGCUGUGAGUACGAAUGCCCUCGUGGACAUAGAUUUAUGAUGAGUUCGGCAGAUAAGAUAUUGCGUGGUGGUUCAGGCAUAUUACGGGACAGCGGAAGCAAAGUGGUUUAUAAUAAUAUGCCCUUAUAUUUUCCAUGUCCUUGUCGAUCACAUAAAGCAGAUGUCGCACAAUUAAUGCGCGUUCAUGUGGUAACACCGAAGGCACCAGUGAAUGUAAUUCUAGACCCGAAGGUUCGAACCGGCGAACGAGAAUAUAUAUUCAGUAUGGGUUUGCCAAAUCAGCCAAAGCUUACUCAAAGCGCCUAUUGGAUUUUACGUCUUCCAUAUAUAUAUCAAGGAGACGAAGGUCCAAUAACACCUCCAUGUGAAAUAACAGCAACUAACGCUCUUAAUUACGGUUGUCUACUAGCCGGUAUGUUUGGAGUCAGUGAAACGGAAUUAGAUGACUGAGAUGCUACAUACAUACGUUUUUUUUAUUGUAUAUUUAAACAUAAAUAUUUUUAGGCAAAGCUAGAUUAGACAUUUUAUAAAAUAUAUGAAAUACAAUCGUCAA